AAGAGCAGCAGGGAGACGGCAUGGCGGCCGCGGGGCUGAAUGGAGACGCGGCUCCCGCAGAUGUGGAGGUUCUACUGCACCCGGAGCUGCUCUCCCAGGGCUUCCUGGAGCUGCUGCUGAACCAGAGGAACGUCCCGACCGGCGGGUGUGGGAGCAGCAGGGACCGGCUCACGCAGCUGUACCUGCGGACCGUCAUGCCGCUGCCGCAGCGGAGUCUACCCCACAACCGCUGGGGCCGGAGGAUGGAGGGGAGCCGCGGCAGGCGCGCCCCCGCCGGCGAACACGCGCCUGGGAGCUCCAGCAACGACCACGGCAGGAAACGGCCCCUGAUCGUGUUCGACGGGAGCUCGUCUCUCUCCGCUCCGCUGAAAGUGAAGAAAGUGGAGGGAAGGAGCGCGCCGACGGAGAGGUUGAAACCUCCUCCGGCGGCAGAUCUGUCCAACCCCAUCCGCAAACUCUCCAGCAGCUCCUCGUCCUCCUCUUCCUCGUCCACGCAUCCCGGCGCCGAGAAGGGAAACCUCAAGAGGGAAGAAAGCGCUUCGGGUGCACUCCAGUCUCCGGAGGUGAAGAAGAAGAUCCAGCACGUGACGUGGCCGUGACCCCGGACCCCCGACCUCCGACGGGAGCUCCGCCUCCGGCCGGCAGGUCCCGCUCCUCUCUCCGCGUCUCCGACGGAUCUCACCAGCCUCGUCACGGUUCCCAAACCUCAACGGUUCCCAGAAACGCGUCGACGUUCAU